CUCUUUAAAGCAGUCGUUCUUGAGGUAGUUCUGAUAGCCAUAUCACGUUCUUCUUUUCUACAGUCUAUGCUGCGCUCCUCUUCAAGGUGUAUUGUCUGCGACGCGUUGACCUUUGUAGAUUCGUUGAUCUGCCGGGCCAUCAAAAUCCGACGUUCACUCAGCACCCGUGACGUUCAACACAUUCUUCCUAUAAAAUAUGAAGGUCUUCAUGAUCCAGUCAACAGAUAGGUAAAAGAGCAAAUCUAUAGCAGAUUUAUUAGUUGGAAUUAUUGUUAUGCCAUUUGCUAUUUAUCAUACAUUAUAUAAUGCAUAUUGGCCAUUUGGACGUGAUUGGUGUGAUAUAUGGCAUGCAUUUGAUGUAUUAAGUUCUACAGCAUCAAUAUUGAAUCUCUGUGCUAUAGCGUUGGAAAGAUACUGGGCAACUGAGAAUCCUAUCACGCAUACAUCAAUGAGAACACGACGUCAUUGUUUAUUAAUGCUUACGUUUGUAUGGAUUUGUUCAGUACUUAUAUCAUUUCCAGCAAUUUUUUGGUGGAGAAAUACACAGGAUUAUGAUAUUAGCUCUUUGAAAGUAUGCCAAUUUACAUCGGACAGUAUUUACUUAUUUGUCUCAUCAUGUGUGUCAUUUUAUAUCCCAUUAGUGGUUAUGUUAGUUGUUUAUGCACGCAUUUAUCGAACUGCUAAUAAUUUAAUGAAAAGUUUUAAAACUGGUGAAAAAAUUGUUUACUCAAAUCCAAAGCAACAAUCAUCAUCAACUCUGAAUUUUCAAGCAACUAAUGUGUCAAAUGAAAAAAAACAAAAACACUGGCUGAAACACUAUCACAGUAAAAUAAAAACACAGAAUUUCAUUACACCACAAAUUGGAGAUAAAAUGAUACUACGUGUUCAUCGUGGAGGAAAUGCUACUAACAAAUACAGUAAUAGAAGUAAUAAUACAUUUAAAACAACCAAAUUGAAGACACAUCCUAAACCUCAUCGUUCACCUUUCAAUUAUUUUGAUAAGGGUAUAAUAAAACGAAGAAAAAUGAAUGAUUUAACAAAUCUCAAAAGUUCACUUUGUUUAAAUAAGCAUAAUAUUAACACAAUGUCAAAUAUCAAUACAAGAAGUAACAUCAUUUCUAAAAGUUGUGUUUUGAGUAAUUCUAUAAUUUCUUCAGUAAGUAAAUUUGAUAAUCGUCAGUUGAAAUCUGAUAAAAAUCAUUGGAAUCAUACAAAUUCUUUAAUGCAAAUUCCAAUUCAUUCUCAAAUUCUUACUGACAAUUUUAAUAAUCAUAAUAAGUUAACAAAUAAUCCAUUACAAGAUCAAACUAGUUUUAAACGUUCAUAUUCAUUCAGCAUCCUUAGUUGUUUAUCUCAUUCACAAGAUAGUCAAAGAUUAAAAAAAUCUCAAUACCUGAAAUCACAAAUAUUACCAUUUCAAUCAUCGAUAUACACGAAGAAUCCACAAGCGUUACAAUUUAAACAAUGGAAUAGUACAACAUGUCAAUAUGAACAAAAUCAGUUCACUGAUUAUCAAUCUAAUAAUAAUAUAGAUAAAAAGUAUUCAAAAAAUCAUUCUGGUGUAUCAAGUGACAAGUGUAAACAUCCAGUUGCUAGACUUAGUAUGAAUCAACAAAAUAUCAACAAUAUUUCACUGAUGAAUUACACCACUGCAAAUUUUACUUUGGUAAAUGUGAAUACUACUAUGAAUUCUAAUUCAGUUGAUAAUACAAAUCAAAUCGAAAUUAAUUCACUAUCAAAAACAAAAUGUUGGAUAAAUCAGUUGAGAGAGUUUGCUAGAAAAAAAUGUGUUUGUAAAUUUGCACGUGAACAAAAAGCAGCUAAAACGUUAGGAAUUAUAAUGGGAUUAUUUAUAAUAUGUUGGUUACCAUUUUUUGUUUGUAACAUUCUAAUUGCAUUCAAUCCAUAUUCAUUAAAUCAAAAUAAUGUGUUUAAACAAGUUCACAUUUUAGUGACCUGGUUAGGUUAUAUAAAUUCAUGUAUUAAUCCAAUUAUAUAUGCACAUUCAAUGCAUGAAUUUCGUAGGGCAUUUAAACGAUUGCUAUGUUUUCACUGGUGGUAUCGUAAACAAAUUCAGCUUAGGAAAUCAACCUCCUUUAAAAGUCGUUGUUUAUCUCAUCGUAUAACUUCCCAUCAUUAUAAUCAUAGUCAUCACCACCGACAUCAUCAUCAUCAUUAUCGUCAUCACCAACAUGAUCAGCAUCAGUCUGAUGAUCAUUUAUGUAAAUAUAAAUUUGAAACUAUCUAUGAAACACAUCAACCAACACCAAAAUAUCCCAGUGUUACAGAUUAUCAGUUAACAAACUGUCAUUUAUUACAUCAAGAUCAUGAGAACAGCUAUUUAUCGUAUAGUAUACUUGUACCAAAUUUAAGUGAUUCUAUUUGUUCUUAA